GAUAUCUAGAUCUCAGUGAGAAAUUAUUUUUAAUUCGAAUAUCCUUUCGCCUGCAGUCACAACAAAUUUAUAGUUUAAUAGAACAAGUAUAAGUAAAAAUUUUAGAAAAUGGCGUGUUGUGGAAAAAGGAGAGACAGCAGAGACAGCGAUAUGGGGAUGAUGAUCGAAGAUCCUAGUGUCCGCAGAAGGUUUAUCGUCAAGGUCUUAAUGAUAGUGGCGAUCAACUUGCUGUUUACCUCGCUGUUUGCCGCCAUACCUGUGUUCCAUCGGCCAACGAGGAUGUUUUUCAGAAGACACUGGUGGCUAUUCAUACCUGCCAUUUGUGUUUUGAUGACAAUCCACAUUUUGGUCUGCUACUGCCAGAAGCUUUUUCGCAGGUCCCCGAUUAAAUUCAUCUUGUUGGCCGUGUAUGUCCUGGCCCACACUGUCUUACUGUGCUUGGUAGUGUCCCGGUAUCAGCCUAAAUUGAUUUUCGCUGCAUUCGGCAUCUGUACUGCCAUGGUGAUCUUGUUGGGUCUAUUCGCCAAAUUCGCGCCAUGCGAUUUUACAGGCUGCUGGAUCUUCGUUUUCGUAAUAUCUGUCAUCCUGAUGCUACUGGGGAUAUUGACAUUCUUCUUUCGAAUAAUGUUGAUAAUAUAUGCCGCCGUCGGUAUAUUUGCCUACUCCCUUUUCCUCGUAAUAGACCUUCAAUUGUUGAUUGGCGGCAAGACGCACAAAAAUGAAUACGACGAGGAGGACUACAUAAUAGCCGCCUUGCAGAUCUACACUGACAUCAUAGAGAUCUUUAAAAUGCUACUCAUAUGUUUGGGACUAUUAGAAAUGUAAAUUAAUCGGUAAUUCAAACAGAAACGAAAUCUUAUUUAUAAUAAAUGAAUUUUGAGUUGUUUUA